GAAAUGAUAAGUUAUAACCUCGUCAGUUUAAUUCUCUGUACAGUCGACCAAUGAAAUAAUGUUCAUACUACAGCAUCUACCAAUAAUAUGUCUUGUUUUAAGCGGACAGAUAUGUGUCGUUACCAGCUCAUGUAAUGCUAAGCUGGAAAACUCACUGUUUGAUGACCUUAUUGGAAUGAUGUUAAAGUUGAAAGGAACAGGGCAUGGAGGACAAGGAAAUAUAUCGACUAAAAAAGAUACACCUGCUUUCACAGCAUACAGGAAUACUCAACAAACUCUAUCGUCCAAUGCUAUUGUAAAGUUUGAUAAGCUAUGGACAAAUAAUUUGAAUGCUUACGACGUUACUACAGGUGUCUUUACUGCUUCAAUGCCUGGUCUUUACCACUUCUCAGCAGUUGUUAUGUCAGUAGAUGGUAAAUCACUGUUUCUCCAUUUAUGGCACAAUGAUACAACGACCGCUGGAAGUUAUACGAAAGGCGAUGGUUAUAAAACUGGUACCUUUGAUGUUGUGCUGAAUUUAAAGAAAGGUGAUCGCAUCUAUAUAAGGUGUAAAAGUCAUGACGGUCAAAAAAUCUUUAGUAAUGAUCAUAACUACAGUACCUUCUCUGGAUAUCUUAUUGCUAAAUAAAACCUUACAAAGUA